GCAUCGCCACGACUUCAACUCUUGCUUGAUCUUCGACCCGUCCACACCCAAACUCUGAACGAAGCCAACUCUUUCCCUGUGUUGAAGGCAAUCGAAGUCUUGCAAGCCCAAUUGGGGUCCUAGUCAAAAGCCUAAACAAAUUGCUUGUUUUCUAUUUCCAAAGCCACGAUGACUUCCUUCAUCACAACUGUUAACCAGCGGACGAAGAAUCAGUUCAGACCGCGAAACGCCACGAAGGGCACCACGAGCUACCAACUGCGACAAUAUGCCGAGGCUACACUGGGCGGGGGUAGUCUGCGAAAGAUUGUAAAGCUUCCAGAGGGCGAAGACGAGAAUGAAUGGCUGGCGGUCAAUAUGGUGGACUUCUACAAUCAUAUCAACCUUCUUUACGGAUCGAUCACCGAAUUCUGCUCCCCACAAUCAUGUCCCGAGAUGAAGGCCACAGACGAAUUCGAGUACCUUUGGCAGGAUUCAGAAAACUACAAAAGACCUACCAAAAUGCCCGCACCGACAUACAUCGAACAUUUGAUGGGAUGGGUCCAAAACAAUAUUGACAAUGAGGCUGUGUUCCCCAGCAGAAUUGGUGUUCCCUUCCCCAAGUCGUUUCCCAGCAUGAUUCGACAAGUGUUCAAGCGCAUGUAUCGUGUAUACGCCCAUAUUUAUUGCCAUCACUACCCGGUCAUUCGAGAACUUGGCCUCGAGGCUCACCUUAAUACCAGCUUUAAGCACUACGUUCUGUUCAUCGAUGAGCACAACCUUGCUAGUGGAAAGGACUUCUGGGGACCAUUGGGAGACCUUGUCGACAGUAUGCUCAGAAGUGACUGAUUAUUGAAUUGAUGAAGGGACGAGGCAGAUAUGAGCAUGAUCACAGCGUUGGCGUCACAAUCGGAUGCUUUUGGGAAUGGGUCUUUCACGGGAUGUGCUGCUACAAGGCGGCCGGAGAAUGGUUAUGACGUUAAAGUGCACCUAUAUUGAAGCCAAGCUUCAGCAGCUGAACAUGAAUUCUUUAAGAAAUUCCUUUCUGUCCCAGCGUUUCCUAGUGAAGCAUUACAGUAACAUCUGCAAGGCGAAGUGUGGACAGGUCAUGGUGAUUUCUCAGAUUGGAAGCCAUAAUACUUUGCGAAAACAUGACUACAUGGGCCAAUGAAGGAGGGCGAG